AUGGAGACACACAGAGCUGCUAUCCUAACGUCACCACAGGGCUCAGAUGGGAAGCCCACGUUCGAAGUGCGGGAUGAACCGCGCCCAGUCCCAGGUCCAAAUGAAGUCCUCGUCCGCCUAUCAGUGACGGGUCUCUGCGGUUCCGAUCUCGGUAUGGCCCAGGGCCAUUUCGGGCCGCUCGACAAGAUUCUCGGCCAUGAGGGAGUCGGUCGCAUCGCCGCCCUGGGAUCCAAUAUCGCGGCCCUCGACCAAUCGGUUCAAGUGGGACAGCGAGUCGGGGUCGCCUGGACCCGUAACACGUGCGGUACUUGCGAGUCCUGCGUCGACCUCGUCAACGAGGGCGAGACGCGCUGCGAGAAGGCGCUCCACUCGGGGAAGUCGUACGACGGCACUUUUGCUCAGUACACGCUUGUGCCGCUGCGGUACUUGGCGAGGCUUCCGGCUCGGUUUGACGAGGUGCCUGAUGAGGAGGUUGCGCCUAUUCUAUGUGCCGGUGUCACGGCUUACAAGGCGAUCAAGAAUUGCCAUGUAACGCCGGGUUCAUGGUUUGCCAUCUCGGGAGCCGGAGGAGGUGUCGGCGCACUGGGUGUCGCAUACGCUCAUGCCAUGGGUUACCGCGUUAUUGGCGUCGAUGCUGGCCCGGAAAAGGGUGAGAUCUGUAAAGACCAGGGUGCCGAAGUCUAUAUCGAUGUCACCGAGCCGGGAACCUUGGGUGAGAAGGUCAGAAAGGCGACGGGAGGCCACGGGGCAAAGGCAGUCGUAGUCGCUGCUACGGCGACUAUUGCCUAUCAAGAGGCCUUUGAGUUGCUGGCGCCGUUCGGAACGCUGAUGUGUGUUGGGAUUCUGUCGUGGGAAGCAAAAGUGAACUUCAAUCCCCUCUGGCUCAUCGCCAAGGGCUGGAAGAUCCUGAGCUCCUCUGUUGGUACGCGUGCUGACAUCCUCGAGGCUCUGGAGUUUGUCAGACGCCGCGCGGUCGUACCCAAUGUUCAUGUGGGAAAGAUUGAUGACCUGGAAGAGUUGAUGCAGACUAUGCACGAUGGCCAGGCAACUGAAGGGUAA